AUGUCGACCGUCGUUCCCACGCGAUCAAAGACCAUGUCCGACUCGGACGACGAGGCUCUCCCAGCCGGCGACUCCACGAGCACCGUCGGCCUCCUGAGCGAGCGUCUACAGGCCUGGAAACACAUGGUCAAAUACCUGGAGGCCUACGUUUCGGCGGUCGCGAAAGACCAUGGAAGCCGGGCCAAAGAUCAAGAGAAGAUCCUGAAGACGGUCUCAAGCCCGCUGCGCGAAGCACACCACUUUGACAGCGCAAUCGGUGGCAUCACGAGCUUGUUCGACAACAUCCGCACCAACACGACGGCGAUAACCAACCUCUACGUCGAGACGAGCAUGUGCCUCACGGGUUCGGUCCUCCCAAUCCUCGAGCGUCUGCAUCAGGAGAUCAAGAACAAGAGCAAGGAGUUGCAGAACGGCGCCGGCAAAGGCUCCAAAGCUGUCGAGGCCGCGCGCGCAGCUACGCAAAAACACGUCGAUCUGCUCGGGGCGCAAGCUUCACAUUUCGAUGCCAGCGGCGGCAACGCCAGUCGAAUCUCGGCGGCUCACGACCCGUACGUGCUCAAGAGGCAGACGUUGAACCGCCUCAACAAGCAGAUCCUGGACGAGAACAACCACCGCCAGGACCUGAUCGCCGUCCAAAACUCGUUCAAGCAAUUCGAGGCCCAUCUCAUCACCACGCUCCAGUCGGCGUUGAACUCGUACAACCAGUACAUGAGCAACCUCGCAGACCGUCAGAAAGCCAUGACCGAGGACAUUGCCGGCACCGCGGCAGCGAUCCCGCUCGACUUCGAGUGGGAAGGCUUCUCCAAGCGCAACGCGACUGUUCUCGUCAACCCGAACAGCGCUCCGAAGAACUUUGCUUUCGCCUCGUUCGCCAACGACAGCCACCGCGCGACCAAGCCCCUGAUCGAGGGAUCGCUGGAGCGCAAGCCCCGCGGCGUAGGCGCCAUCAGAGGCUACUCGAGCGGGUACUACGCCGUGACGCCCGCGGGGUUUUUGCACGAGUACAAGGACAACGAGAAUCUACUCAAGGACCCUUCGCCAGAGGUGUCCUUGUUCCUCCCGGACUGUGUGAUUGGAGCCGUCGACGGGACCAAAUUCACGGUCAAGGGUAAAGACUCGUCGGGGAGCAAGCUCGGCCAGAAGAUGGCGCUGAGCUACGACUUCCAGUUCAAGGCGCACACGGCCUCGGAGGCAAAACAGUGGCACGCUACUAUUGCCAGCUUCGCCCUUGCCGGAGGAAGCGUGCCGGGGUCGCCAGUGCCCGAGACACAGCAGCAGCCGUUCCCUCUUAACACGGCGGUGAACGAAGGGCAGACCACGGGGGUGACCCCGGCGGCGAGCCCGCAAAGCGCGAGGACCGUCUCUGCAGGGACCUACCACGCGUCUCCGGUGUCACAUGAUCUCGAGGAAAGGAGGUACGUCGAGCCGCAGGCGGACCAGCCUCUGUCUCAUGAAGGGCUGGAACGCCAGGUAGGUCAUCUCCCUGCCAGCCAGUAG